AUGCUGGUCGUCUGGGAGGAAAACAAGGUGGGACCCAAGAUGAAGGCAGAGAAGGAGGCCCCUUCAAAAGCUAAAAUAAUUUCCCAGAUUUUACUAUUCAUGUCUCUUGGUUUCCUAAAGUCAGGUGAGGUGCUGGCAGUGAACAUUACUAUCCCCAACACUCUCAUCAGAGGUAUAGUAGGAGGGGAGGCCCUUCUGUCUGUCCGUUACAGUAGUUUCAGCUUCGACCAGCCGGUCAUCAAGUGGGAGCUCAAGAGGGAAAAGUCAGUCAAUCUUGUCCAGUCGAUUGGAACUGAGAUCAUUGGGACCUUGAGGCCCGAGUAUCGUGACCGUAUCCUGGUAUUCGAAAAUGGGACACUGCUUCUCCACAACCUCAGACUCUCUGAUGACGGAAUUUAUGAUGUGGAGAUCUCCAUCACAGACGAUACCUUCACAGGAGAGGGCAGCAUCACACUCACUGUGGAUGAACCCAUAUCCAGGCCCUAUAUCGACAUGGAGUCCUCAUCAGUACUGGAGCUCAGUGAAAACAUCAUCCUCAACUGCUCCCAUGACAAUGGAACCAGGACUACAUAUAGGUGGUUCAAAGGUGGAAAGCCACAGACCAAUGAGACAAGAUUUGUGCUGUCACCUGACCAGAAGCUCUUGACCAUCACACGGGUAUUGAUGGCAGAUGAUGACAUCUACAGUUGCACAGUGGAGAAUCCUGUGGGCAAUAUGACAAGCCUACCUAUCAGACUGACUGUCUACAGAAGAAGUUCCCUAUAUAUCAUUCUUUCAACUGGAGGCAUCUUCCUCCUCAUCACCUUGGUAACAGUAUGUGCCUGCUGGACACCUUCCAAAAAGUCAAGACAGCCACCUAGAAAACCUCUGUCCAGAUUUUAUGAUCACUCUCAUCGCUCACCAAUCCCUAACAGAGAUGAUGUGCUUCCAAAAAUGACAGAGCACAACGGAAUAAACACAGUAACUUCACUUUACAUCCUGCAGCAAAAGGAUCCUUCCAUCGAUGAUUCGUCCAGCAACAGUAUUGGAUCUCCCUCUGAACUUGACAGCCCACCAUGCUACACCAGUUACCCCAAGCACACCAAUUCUCCUACCCAGUCCCCUAGGUCCCCUGCCCGUUCACCCCGUAGGUACACCUGAAAGCCCAUGAGUUUAAAUUCUCCAUGUCGCAGCAACUGGGAGGUCAGACCGUCCCACUGAAUACUUCUCCUGAUGGCAACUUCCUGCAAACACGCUGAGAGUUUGGGGUUUUCCAAUGUCACUGUUGAUAUUAUUAAAGUAAACCGUAACUUAAAUAGCAGUUGCUUAUAAGGUUAGAAGCACAGCCUGUAGGGAAAUGUGAAGGCAGCAUUAUAUCACCACUGUCGUGGUGAUAUAAAAAAAGAAAGAAAAAAGAAAAAUAAACUAUUAUCCUUAGAAGUUCUUCUCCAUCACAGGAUUAUGUGAUAUUUUCUCUAGUGUGCAAUGAAAUCCAAGCAGUUAUUUUGUAAUAUUUUGUGAUCACUAUUUUAGUUCUACUAGAUGAUU